AUGCUGCUCAGAGCUGCGCGCUCGCCAUGUUGGCGGCCGGCGCGGUAUGCCUAUCCGAGCUUCGCCGGCCGGGCACCGUGGAUGAGACCGAACGCUACGCAGCUGCGCAUAUUCACAUCAUGUGGGCGAUUGCAAAACCAAUCGACCGAUGGCAGAGACCCGAUGUCGACAAAGCCGGGCUCGGCCGCUGUUCCCUCGCUCACAGACGGCAAUGCUGCCCAAGCCAAAGAGGCUGCCGGAAAAAAGGACUUAUUGAGCGAGUCGACCAAGGCAACCCAGGAUCAGAGGAAGGCGGAUUGGGCCAUUAUGAGAGAAAUGGCUAAGUACCUUUGGCCAAAGAAUGACUGGGGCACUAAGCUUCGUGUUGGAACUGCGUUGUCGUUGCUGAUCGGCGCCAAGAUUUUGAAUGUAGAAGUGCCUUUCUACUUCAAGAGCAUUGUCGACUCUAUGAACGUGGACUUUGCCUCUGUUGGCGGAACUGCGUAUACCGUUGCAGGCUCAAUGAUCAUAGCUUACGGCGCAACUCGUAUUGGAGCAACUAUCUUCCAGGAACUUCGAAAUGCAGUGUUUGCCAGUGUCGCACAGAAAGCUAUCCGAAAGGUGGCUAGCAAUGUUUUCGAACAUCUUCUGAGGUUGGACCUCAACUUUCAUCUGUCGCGCCAGACUGGUGGAUUGACCCGUGCCAUUGACCGUGGAACAAAGGGCAUCAGUUUCUUGCUGACGUCUAUGGUCUUCCAUGUCGUCCCGACCGCGCUCGAGAUCUCGCUCACCUAUCAAUAUGGCUUCCGAUUUGCUGCCAUCACGGCUGUGACCAUGCUUGCAUACACAGCAUUCACCAUCACUACAACUGCCUGGCGCACGAAGUUCCGCCGACAAGCCAAUGCUGCCGAUAAUCGUGGCGCUACUGUGGCAGUUGACUCGCUCAUCAACUAUGAAGCCGUCAAGUACUUCAACAACGAGAAGUUUGAGGUGGCCCGGUACGACAAGGCCCUGAAGAGCUACGAAGACGCCUCUAUUAAAGUGACGACAUCGCUGGCUUUCCUCAACUCUGGCCAAAAUGUGAUCUUCUCCAGCGCGCUGGCCGCCAUGAUGUACCUAGCUUGUGACGGAGUCGCUACUGGAGCUUUGACAGUCGGUGAUCUGGUCAUGGUCAACCAGCUGGUCUUCCAGCUGUCGGUGCCCCUCAACUUCCUGGGCUCGGUCUACCGUGAACUGCGUCAGUCUCUGCUGGACAUGGAGACGCUGUUCAACUUGCAAAAAGUCAAUGUCACCAUCAAGGAACGGCCCGACGCCAAACCGCUGGAAUUGAAACGUGGAGGUGAGAUCCGUUUCGAGAACGUCACCUUUGGCUACCACCCCGAUCGGCCAAUCUUGAAGAACGCCACGUUUACCAUUCCCGCCGGCUCGAAGUUUGCCAUUGUCGGUCCAAGUGGCUGCGGAAAGUCUACCAUCUUGCGUCUGCUAUUCCGCUUCUACGAUACCCAGACUGGCCGCAUCCUCAUCGACGGCCAAGACGUGCGCGACGUGACUCUGGAGAGCCUCCGCAGAUCGAUCGGAGUAGUCCCACAAGACACACCACUCUUCAACGACACCAUUCUCCACAAUAUUCGCUACGGACGGAUCGACGCGACGGAUGAGGAGGUUCGUCAUGCCGCCGAGCGAGCCCGCAUUGACCAACUGAUUGAGCGCUUGCCCGAUGGUUAUCAAACAGCCGUCGGCGAGCGCGGCAUGAUGAUAUCCGGCGGCGAAAAGCAACGCUUGGCUAUUUCGCGUUUGAUUCUGAAGGAUCCGCAGCUUUUGUUCUUCGACGAAGCGACCUCUGCUCUCGACACCUACACCGAACAGGCUCUUUUGCAGAACAUCAACAGCAUUCUCAAGGAUAAGAUGCGCACCAGUGUAUUUGUUGCGCAUCGUCUACGUACCAUCUUUGACAGUGACCAGAUCCUGGUGCUAAAGGAUGGAGAGGUAGUGGAAACCGGCUCGCACAGCGAGCUGCUUGAGCUAAAUGGUGUAUAUGCAGAGCUAUGGAACGCCCAAGAAACCUCGCUAGAUGCCGAGUUGCCGAAUGAGGCGAAAGUGCAGAAUUGA